UACAUAGAAAAUUUCCUCCCCCCCCAACAUUCUCAUUUCUUUGUCACAUGACAUCACUUUUAUACUGUUCUCAGGACCUAAAGAGCUAGGUAGGUUUUCCAAAAUUAUCCGAAUAUCUGUCAGGUCUUCACAUUUGGUUCAAGCUCUUUUUCUAGAUUAUAUAUUCCAAGAAAGGAGGCAGCUAUGUUUUACGUCCACGGUGAAGAUGGAAUAAAGCCUGAUGAGCCAGAAAUUACACCUUUAUUAGGUCCACCAGUAUCAGCUCCUACCUAUGAAGAUACACGCCAAUCAUCAUGGAAGAAAUUUAUCAUAGCUGAAUCUAAAGUGCCAAAAAUGCAAGCUAUUGCUGGAAUUCUUUUAGGCUUUCUUUUAUUUGGAAUGAUACUGAUGCUCGUCGCAGAAGCAAUACGUGAGUCUCGUGAUACAGAUCCUUUUAUGGUCGAGCAUGGUACGUCUCCUGUCCCCUUUGAAGGAAUAAUAGAUUUCCAAAGCAAAGAUUUUCUAGAUGCUUGGAUGGAAGGAGAAGGUCUAGUAGCGUACAGAAAAAGAUUAGAACUGAUGCUUUUCGAAAAUGGUGUGACUCCAACUAAAGGUUCACCUUCGUAUUUGUUACAGCGUUUUCAAAAGGGCAACGCGGAAUUCGGCAGGCUCCAAGACUGUGCCGUUAUCGUAGAACAUAUGAAGAGGGUUUUGGGUAAAUGCAUAGAUACUAGUCUUCUGCCAGAUCACUGCCAUCCAGAUAUGCCUGUAUCUUGCAAUAACUCGUAUCCAUAUAGAAGCUAUAAUGGAAGUUGUAACAAUUUGAGACAUCACGACUGGGGCAUGGUUUUGACAUCCUUUAGGAGAUUAAUGAAACCUGAGUAUGCGGAUGGUGUAUCUUUGCCCCGCAUGUCAGCUUCUGGAGAUGAACUUCCCAAUGCUCGGUACUUGAGCAACGAGCUGUACACUCAUCAUUCGCGCCCUAGAUGCAACUGUACUGUUCUUACGCUUUAUUUUGGGCUCUUCAUUGAUCACGAUAUUAUCAGAAUUACUAGCAAAACUGGUCACAAUGGAGAAUCUAUAUCAUGCUGCAGUCCAGAAGUCAUUGAAAACCCUAGUCUUCUGCAUCCUGAGUGUAUGGCCAUUGGAGUACCUGAAGAUGAUCCAUUUUAUGGACCUCUUGGUGUGAAAUGUCUUGACUUUGUACGAUCAGCACCAGUUCCUGGGGAAUGUCCGGGAGAACGAGAACAGAUGAAUUUAGUUACUUCAUUCCUGGAUGCAUCUGGUGUUUACGGCUCUUUCGAUGAUAAGAAUAAAGUUCUCCGAUCUUUCGAAAAUGGACUUCUUAAAGUUUGUUGGAUCAACGACACCAUGAUGUUACCACCAGCGCAUCACAUAAGCUACGAAUGCGGAUUUCCCUCAAAAGACCUUUAUUGCUUCAGAGCUGGUGACAUGAGAGUAAAUGAACAAAUUGAACUGACUGCCAUUCAUGCCAUUUGGAUGAGGGAGCACAAUCGAGUCGCCACACGGCUGCAUUCUGUGAACCCAAAAUGGGAUGACGAAAAGCUAUUUCAAGAAAGUCGACGCAUUGUUAUAGCAGAAUUACAGCAUAUAGCAUUUAAUGAAUUUCUGCCUCUUUUAUUAGGUAAAGAUGUCGUGAGAAAGCAUGGUCUCGAAAUAAAUCCCAAAGUUGGAUUCAAAGGUUAUGACUCCGAAUCUGAUCCUAGCAUGUACAAUGUUUUCGGUGCUGCAGCUUUCAGAGUAGGACAUAGCCUUAUCGAGGGUACGUUGGAUUUAAUAGGACCAGGUUACUCGAAAGAAAGAGAAAUACCCCUUCACACAGCAUUCCUCAAUCCUCAUAUAUUUUAUGAAAAAGGUAUGGAUUUGUUACUGAGAGGUCUUGUCAGAGAAAAAGCGAUGUCUGUGGAUAGUUACAUUACUGAUGAGGUCCGUAACAGAUUGUUCCAACCUCAUAAUGGACACUAUGGCAUGGACUUAUCUGCCAUUGGGAUCCAAAGGGGAAGAGAUCAUGGACUACCUGGUUACAUAAAAUGGAGGAAAUUUUGCGCUCUUCCCGAAAUUAAUUCCUGGGGUGAUCUGUUCAAAGUUAUGGACAGUCAGCAUGUUCAAAGGCUUCGUAAAGCGUACGAUUCUAUCGAAGACAUUGACCUUAUUCCAGCCGCCUUAUCGGAAGACCACUUACCAGGGGCACUUGUGGGUCCUGUUCACGCUUGUCUAAUAGCCAAGCAAUUUUACCAAGUCCGAACAGGCGACAGGUUUUGGUUUGAAGUAGAAAAUCAAUCGGGAUCUUUCACGCCAGGUCAACUAGAAGAAAUAUAUAAAUCAAGUAUGGCACGAUUACUAUGCGACAACUCCGACAGGCUGGAAGAGAUCCAGCGGUGGGCACUUCAGUCUAUAAAUGCUGAGAAUCCAGUGAUGAAGUGCUCUGAAAUACCCGAAGUCAAUCUCAAGGUAUGGACUGGAGUUUGAGAAGCGUUUAAUUCUAUAUGGGGUUUUCUGUACACAUUAACAGUGCAUUUAUGUUAAAACGACAACUGAGCAGAUAACUCAUCGACUCAGUUGCCUGAAAAACACAUGCGUCUGACACUCGACUGAAAAUUACCUCAUCAUCAACAUUAUCAUUCUCCUGCCUUUUUAGUUUGGUAGCAUUUCGUAUAUGACUGCCAUUAUGUUUAUAUUAUUAAAGAAAGUUACAAAGAUAAUGAUUCUUUACAAUAGUUAAUGCUAUACAAAAUCUGUACAUGUCUGUGUUAUUCAAAUACAAGAAAUAAAAUAUAAUUAUUCAUAUAUAUACAAAA